CUGCUGCCAGUGCCUCUCGUUCGGGCUGAGCCGGAGGAUGGUACCUUAGAGGCGCCGCCGCGAUGGCUGCCCCGCUGCCAGAUUUGCCGAGGAGCGCACGGAGGGCUGCCGGGACGCCGGCUCCCUCCCAGGAGAGCAGCGGGGACUUGGCUCCUUCCCCCUGGCUAGCCCAGCGCGCUCCUCUCAUCCCCCCUGCGGGGCCCCGGCCCGGGCCAGACAGGAUCAAAAAGAAAGAGCUUGGUGCGUUGGAAAUCCCAUCAAUUCCAAACCCUUUUCCUGAGCUAUGUUGCUCUCCGCUUUCAUCGGUUUUGUCAGCCAGCCUGUUGCCCAAGGCAACUUCAAGAAAAAAGCAGGUAAUUAAAGUAUACAGUGAGGAUGACACUAGCAGAGCUUUGGAAGUGCCAAGUGAUGUAACAGCCAGAGAUGUAUGCCAGCUAUUAAUACUGAAGAAUCAUUACAUAGAUGACCACAGCUGGACACUGUUUGAACACCUUCCUCGCAUAGGUCUAGAAAGAAUUAUAGAAGACCACGAAUUGGUAAUUGAAGUUCAGUCAAACUGGGGAAUCGAAGAAGAAAAUAGACUGUAUUUUAGAAAAAACUAUGCCAAAUAUGAGUUUUUUAAACACCCAGUGAAUUAUUUUCCAGAGCAUAUGGUGUCGUUGUCAAGCGAGACCAGUGGAGUGAUAGGCCACACGCAGAUAUUACAGAUGUUCCUAAGUUCCAGCACAUAUCCUGAAAUUCAUGGUUAUUUGCAUGCAAAGGAGCAAGGGAAGAAAUCAUCAUGGAAAAAAUUAUACUUUCUUUUGAGAAGAUCUGGCCUGUAUUUUUCCACUAAAGGGGCAUCAAAGUUUUGGGCAUUUUCCUCUGCUGCAGCAGGUAGAAUGUUCAGUGGCCUUUUUCUGGAUAUCUUCAGUCAGUUCAACUUCUCCUGUCACAGUAUCAGAAAGGCUGCCAUUUGGAACAAGAUAAGAGCUUCAGAUGAGUGCAAAAAGAUGUCUGGAACACCAGCAAACUAUGGAUUCUGCUUUAAGCCUAACAAAGCAGGAGGAGCCAAAGACCUGAAGCAGCUUUGUGCAGAUGAUGAGCAGAGUAGGACUUGCUGGAUGACAGCAAUUAGAUUACUUAAGUAUGGAAUGCAGCUGUAUCAGAAUUACAUGCAACCAUAUCAAGGUAGAGGUAGCUGCAGUUCUCUGACUAUAUCACCUAUGAGAAGCAUUUCAGAAAAUUCCUUGGUAGCAAUGGACUUCUCAGGACAUAGAAGCAGAGUUAUUGAAAAUCCAACAGAAGCCCUUUCAGUUGCAGUUGAAGAAGGGUUAGCAUGGCGGAGAAAAGGGUGUUUACGACUCAACACACAUGGAAGUCCUACCACUUCUCAAAGUGCCACAUCCAGUGUAGGUAUGUGUGAAUUAAUUUACAGCCCCAGAAGAGAUGCAAUAAUGUUUAUAACGAUCUUUAUAAUUUUUCCAGCUAUACAUAGAACACAACUGUGGUUUCACCAUAAAAUCUCUAGGGAUGAAGCUCAACGACUUAUUUUACAGCAAGGACUUGUAGAUGGGGUUUUCUUGGUACGGGAUAGCCAAAGUAAUCCCAAAACGUUUGUAUUGUCAAUGAGCCAUGGACUAAAAAUAAAGCACUUUCAAAUUGUACCACUGGAAGAUGAUGGAAAGCUAUUCUAUACACUGGAUGAUGGUCACACCAGAUUUACUGAUCUCAUCCAGCUUGUGGAGUUCUACCAGCUCAAUAAAGGAGUAUUACCUUGCAAGUUAAAACACUAUUGUGCCCGAAUUGCUCUUUAACCAAAACCAAGUUGGUUCACCAAAUAGAAAAAAGGAGAUCCUAGAACACUUUUUCAAGGCAAUUUCCUAGGGGGAAAAGUCAAUAUUUUGAAAUGGUUGUGAUUUUCAGAUGCAAAGAAAAGUUUAUAUGCUCCGUACAGAAAGUACUUUGCAUUGUAAUUGUCACUGCAAAAUAACUUUACAGUCAAAUGAGCUUCAGAAAAAAAUAUUUCAUGUGAAAUUAUGUAAUGUUGCAGCACUGGAAUCUUUUUCAAAUGCAAACAGAUAUUUUUAAUAUUAUGCAACUUUAUUUACCAAAAUAAAAUUGGAGGGUGCCUCCUUGUUAGUAA